CUCAGCAGUGCUACCUGGCCUGUGUCAUGAGGCCUGUGGUCCAGGCAGAUUAUUGUUGGUGAUCCUGGUAAGAUGGAAAGUCAGGAGCAUAUCGCAGUGCAAGUACUGAGCCGGUUCUGAAGAUUCCACAGAGUUCCCAGUGUGCGGGAUCCACCAUUAAGGAAGUCCUCACUUUCCUCCCAGCUAAAGUUUUUGUAGAGAAUAGUGGGUCUGGAGAGACAGCAACCAGUAAAUGAGAAGGAGAGAGAGGGAGGCCUGGGAGAGAGUGCAGGCUGAGGAGGCAGACUGCCAUCCCUGCAGCCACAAGAUGAGACAGUCUGAUACUCUGUGACUGCUCCACACAAGAAGAGACCUCUUGAAAAGGAGAUUUAUAGCCUGACAAAGAGACUUCACUGGCUGGCCAUGAAGUCCUGGGUUUUGCUCUGUCUGCUGGUCGGUGGCUACUUGGCGUACCUGCUCCUGGGGUCCCUGGUUGUAUCCACCAUUGAAUCUCCGUACGAGCGCCAGUUGCGGAAGGACCUGGUUGAUCGCAAGCAGCAGUUCCUGUCGGAGAGUUCUUGUGUUAAUGAGACGGAUCUGGAGGAGUUUUUGGCAAAGGUUAUCAAUGCCAACAAGUUUGGCGUCUCCAUCUUAAACAAUGCAUCCAACGAAAGCAGAUGGGACCUGGCAUCAUCGUUGUUCUUUUCCAGCACUUUGGUCACCACAGUGGGUUAUGGUUACACCACGCCUCUAUCUGACACCGGGAAAGCAUUCUGCAUCUUCUACGCCCUGGUGGGAGUCCCCUUCACCAUGCUUGUCCUCAGUGCUGCAGUCCAGAGACUCAUGGCAACCUUCACCCACAGACCAAUCCGUUAUUUCCAUGUGCAUCGGGGCUACGACCGCAAGAUGGUCACCAGAGUUCAUUUAUGUGUCUUGACAAUAGUGGUGCUAAUUUUCUUCCUCGUGGUUCCAUCUGCCAUCUUUAACGCCAUAGAGACAACUUGGACCUUCCUGGAUGCAUUCUACUUUUGCUUCAUCUCGCUUUGCACUAUCGGCCUGGGAGACUACGUUCCUGGGGAGCAGAGUGAUCAGUUUCUCCGACAGCUCUACAAGGUGUCUGUCGCCUUCUACCUCUUUCUUGGACUUUUGUCCAUGUUGCUUUUCCUUCAGACGUUCCACAAGGCUGCUGAUCUUCACGGACUCACGGACAUGCUUUUCCUCCCUCGCUUGGCGGACCAAGAAGACCUGGAACCCAUCUUGGAGACCGCAAAUUCUUCUCUAACAGAAACUGAACCCAAGAGACCAUUCAAUACAGAUACCCAACCUGGUUAUGAAUCCAUCAAUCGGUAACCUUGACAUCGAAGUGGCAGCCAGAACCAACCAAAGAUCUUCCAGUCGACCUUCCAUCAAGAUUCUCUAUUUAUAUACAUUUCCCAGGUUUAUUUUGUCAUUGAACCAUCAGGGUAAAAGACUGGUUUGACCUUUCUCCGAUAUGAGAUUAAAUUGAACUUAAACUUUAAGUGUUUUAGAAAUAACAUUUGCAUUUAUUUCCUAAUGACACCUGGUGCUCUGCUUUAGUUACUCAGAAGGACCAUUUCAAGGGGCUGUUCCACCUCAACUGAUAUACCUGUACACCAUACAGUCCCUUAAACUCCGCUGGCUUUGUGGGUUGGCUUAAAUGUAAUGUCCAUGAAACAGCGACUGCACUUUGAUCUCUCUAAAUGUCUUUUCUGUUGCAGCAAGCUUCAUUUAGCACACUGCGUGAAAAUGUCUCAGACAAACAGUUAGACAGGUGACAAUACACGCAGUGAGUUCUAUCUAUGGGUUAGACUCCCUCUGCCUGUAUUGUAACACCUGACAAACUGAUCCGGUCUAGACAAAGCCGACUGGCUGCAUGAGAACGUCUAAACCAGUGUACGUUAAUUCAGGUGCACAAAUGGACCAGUUUUGUUUUAGGGUGUUUUUUUGUUUUAAACAAAAACGUAAAAAUAAUUUAAUUUAAUGUUAUUUUCAGUCUGAAAUGGUUUUUCCUAUUUAAAUCUUACCUCUGCAACCUGCUCUGUAAAUUUGACCCAGGUCUUUCUUUUAAAAACUUAAUCAUGUGAAAUUUCCUUUUUUAUGUAAGCAAAAUAUAUUCCUUUGCAAAAUGUUUGCGGCUCCACCAUACUAUCCUAUUUGGCACGGUCAGCCUUGUUCAGGAUUACUGAUUAUCAAGAUGGCAAGAAUGUAUUUAAUUGUUUAAAGGGACAGUCACUGUAGGAGCAGAGUGACCUGUUAAAGGGAAGGCCAUGUGAUGGAAAGGAGCUAUGCAACGGCGUAGAAUUAUCAAUUAUGUUGUUUCAAUGUUACUUGUUAAAAUACCGGUCUAAAUCUUGGUUAAUUUAUUGUGAGACCAUCAUCUUGAAUCCAAGUUAAUCUUUCUGAUCACUUUACAGACCCUGGGCACACUUUAAGCUGGGCUAUUGGGUGUGGUGUUUUGGGAAACCCGAGGGAGAGAUCAUGUGGAAUUAUUAAGGAAAUCUGACCCCACCCGCCUGUUACUGUGCACUACAAAUCCCAUUAUGCACAGUCAGCAACUGGAUUAAGUAUGUGAGUUCUUCUACUUUGGGAGUUGCAGAGCUGGUGUGGACGGCAAGAUGAUGUCAGAGCUUAAUUCCGCUACUUACCUGCAAAUUCCACAUAGCCCCCCGUGGUCUCCCACUUGCCUACAUGAGAGCACAAAUAAUUUUAAGAAUCUGGUCUCAUACAAUAUUUAUGAUGAAAUGUUCCUUGUUAAAUUUUCAUAGUAAUAUUAAUUAUUUAUUUACAUUUUAACACACAACAUGCAUACUUUACAAAGCAUUUGCGAUCUAGAGUACCAAACCUUUUGUCUGCACAGUUUUUUUAUUAACACAAAUAAAUAUAUUUAUGAAAACCA